UUUGAAUUGUCCAAGUCACUCUUCCUCGUCUUCUCUCACAAAGCAGACUAAACCAAACACAAAAAAAUCCAACCAUCACACCCGACAAUGCCCAAUUCAUCCAAGCCCAAACUAGUUGUGGAGGCUCCUCCCAACGGCGAUCAACCCAAAGCAGUUGUCAUUCUACUUGGCUGGUUUGGUGCCCAGUUCCGACACUUGAAAAAGUAUGCUGACCUCUAUGAACAAUGUGGAUGCACCACCAUCUCUGCCAUUCUUGAUAAGAAAUCCAUCAUGUUUAUAAACCUCGUCAAGACCGAUGCAUUGGUCAACCUGGUGGUAAAGGAAGCAUGCAAGCACUUGCGCCAAGGUGGCGAUGAUGUACCACUAAUCUGCCAUGCCUUUAGCAACGGCGGAUGUGUACCCCUCUACCGAAUGCAAAAACAAAUGAUGGAAAAGAUCAAUACUAACAAUAAUGCUGAGGAUGUGGACAACUGGAAGUUGAUUCGAGAUCGCUAUCAACUUGGAGGCGAGAUUAUUGAUUCUGCACCAAUUUUCCCGGAUGCGGCUGCAUUUGGUCGAGCCAUUCGUACAGCCUUGCCAAAUCGUGUGCUGUCUUCUACAGCCAUCUUUUUCGUGUCGAUUUACCAAAACUCUCAAAACUCUGUCAUGAAAGCGCGAGGGAAAAAGCCCUACCCGGACAAAUUUUGGUCUCAUUGGGAAGACUCUCCACAAUAUGCUGGAGUGCAGGCGUUCAUCUACACCACAGCGGAUACUAUCUUGCCAUACGAAAAACUGGAUGAACUGGUUGAGACUCGGAAAGCUCAUGAAGGAGCCAAUGUCUUGGUGGAGCGAUUUGGUGACAGUGACCAUGUCCAGCUCUUGAAGGACCACAAGGAAGAGUAUUGUUCUUUGAUUGGCAGAGUUUUGGACGGCAGCCAGAAGUGAAUGUGCCUGAUAGAGUCCCACUACGAGGAACUGCAUGUAGAAUAGAAAUUUCUUAUAACACAUAUAUAUUGCAAGUGCACCUUUCUUUUGGAAGAAGUCCGACUACUUGUUCAGAGAGAGCAAGUUGGCAAGCCAUCACCAGAAUCAGAUAAUUUAGUUUGCCUUGGGUUGGUUGGACU